AUGGUUGAAUUUAGAAAAUCUUGGGAUUUGAGUUCUUCAAAAUUGACUGGUGGGUGGUUUGGUUAUUUCUCCUACGAUACGGUUCGCUAUGUGGAGAAGAAAAAACUCCCCUUUUCAAAGGCACCACAUGAUGACAGAAACCUCCCAGACAUACAUCUAGGGCUAUACAAUGACGUCGUGGUAUUUGAUCAUGUGGAAAACAAAGCAUAUGUAAUUCACUGGGUGAGGCUAGACCGACACCCCUCUGUCGAAAAAGCUUAUAACGAAGGAGUUAAACACCUCGAGAAGUUGGUGGCUAGACUACAGGGUGAUGAUCUCCCAAAGCUAUCUCCAGGCUCCAUAGAUUUGCACACACAUGGCUUCGGCCCUUCUUUAAUGAAGUCAAAUAUGGAAAGGGAAGAGUAUAAGAAGGCUGUACUAAAGGCAAAAGGGCAUAUUCUAGCAGGGGAUAUUCUCCGGAUUGUAUUAAGUCAACGUUUCGAACGGCGAACGUUUGCCGAUCUGUUCGAAAUAUAUAGAGCUUUGAGAGUUGUUAAUCCAAGUCCUUAUAUGGCUUACUUGCAAUCUAGAGGAGGUAUUCUAGUUGCUUCAAGUCCUGAAAUUCUUACCAGGAUAAAAAAGAAUAAGAUUGUAAAUAGGCCAUUGGCCGGAACAGCGAGGAGAGGAAAAACACUAGCGGAAGAUGACAUAGCUGAAAAGAAACUGCUGAGUGAUGAAAAGGAACGUGCAGAACAUAUCAUGCUUGUUGAUUUGGCACGAAACGACAUGGGAAAGGUCUCCAAAUAUGGUUCUGUAAAGGUGGAGAAGCUGAUGACCGUCGAACGAUAUUCGCAUGUGAUGCACAUAAGCUCCACAGUUACUGGUGAGUUGCAAGAUCAUCUCACUAGUUGGGACGCCCUCCGUGCUGCACUUCCGUGGGGAAACGUUAGCGGAGCACCAAAGGUGAAGGCCAUGGAGCUAAUUGACGAGUUAGAGGUGUCGAGACGAGGGCCUUACAGUGGAGGUUUCGGGGGCAUUUCGUUCGACGGUGAUAUGGAUAUUGCAUUGGCUCUCAGGACCAUGGUUUUAACUACAGGAACCCGUUAUGACACAAUGUACUCAUACAAAGAUGCUGACCGCCACCGCCGAGAAUGGGUAGUGUAUCUUCAAGCUGGUGCUGGUAUAGUGACAGAUAGUGAUCCCAAUGCCGAGCACUGUGAAUGCGAAAUCAAAGCGGCUAGCUUUGGUCGUUCCAUUGACUUGGCUGAAUCUGCAUUCGUUAAUAAAUGAUGCAGACUUUCCAUCCCUAUGGCACCUUAAGAAAACAAGCAAAUAUCUUUUAC